AAGAAACGCUGGUUUAUCCUGCGGAGUGGCCGGAUGAGCGGUGACCCAGAUGUUCUGGAAUACUACAAGAAUGAUCACUCAAAGAAGCCCUUGAGGAUCAUCAACCUGAACUUCUGUGAGCAGGUGGAUGCAGGCCUGACCUUCAACAAGAAGGAGCUGCAGGAUAGUUUUGUGUUUGACAUCAAGACCAGCGAGCGCACCUUUUAUCUGGUGGCUGAGACAGAGGAGGACAUGAAUAAGUGGGUCCAGAGCAUCUGCCAGAUCUGUGGCUUCAAUCAGGCUGAGGAGAGCACAGACUCCCUGAGAAACCUCUCCUCCACCAGUCACGGCCCCCGCUCUUCUCCAGCCGAGCUCAGCAGCUCCAGUCAGCACCUUCUCCGAGAACGGAAGUCCUCAGCCCCAUCGCACUCCAGCCAGCCCACGCUGUUCACCUUUGAACCCCCGGUGUCCAACCACAUGCAGCCCGCCUUGUCCACCAGUGCGCCUCAGGAGUAUCUCUACUUGCAUCAGUGCAUCAGCCGGAGAGCGGAGAACGCAAGGAGUGCCAGCUUCUCUCAGGGCACCAGGGCCUCAUUUCUCAUGAGGAGCGACACAGCUGUACAGAAGCUCGCCCAGGGCAACGGACACUGUGUCAAUGGGGUCAGUGGUCAAGUCCAUGGCUUCUAUAGCCUCCCCAAGCCAAGCCGGCACAAUACGGAAUUCAGAGACAGUACCUACGACCUCCCCCGGAGCCUAGCCUCCCAUGGUCACACUAAGGGCAGCCUCACAGGCUCUGAGACCGAUAACGAGGACGUAUACACCUUCAAGACGCCCAGCAACACCCUGUGUCGGGAGUUCGGGGACCUCCUAGUGGACAAUAUGGACGUUCCAGCCACCCCGCUCUCAGCCUACCAGAUCCCUAGGACGUUCACGUUGGACAAGAACCACAAUGCCAUGGCAGUGGCCACUCCUGGGGACUCGGCCAUCGCCCCUCCUCCCCGGCCACCCAAGCCAAGUCAGGCAGAAACCCCUCGAUGGGGCAGCCCUCAGCAGAGACCUCCAAUCAGCGAAAGCAGCAGAUCCAUCUCUGCCGCGGCCACCAUCCCCAGGCGCAACACCCUCCCAGCCAUGGACAACAGCCGACUGCACCGAGCUUCUUCCUGUGAGUCCUACGAGUACCCGCAGCGUGGUGGAGAGAGUGCAGGCCGGUCUGCCGAGUCCAUGAGUGAUGCAGUCAGUUCUUUCCUGCCAGGGAAAACCGCUGUGGGUCGGUCCGAGAGCACCAAUUCUGAGGACAACUACGUCCCCAUGAAUCCAGGGUCCUCCACCUUGCUGGCCACGGAGCGAGCAAGUGAUAACUCCCAGAGUGUCUACAUCCCCAUGAGCCCGGGCCCCCACCACUUUGAGGCGCUUGGCUACCCCUCAGCAGCCCUUUCUAUGCACCGGGGCCCCAGCCGAGGGAGUGAGAUCCAGCCACCUCCCGUCAACCGCAACCUCAAACCUGACCGGAAAGUGAAGCCAACACCACUUGACCUGAGAAACAACACUGUCAUUGACGAACUCCCCUUCAAGUCACCUGUCACCAAGUCUUGGUCGAGGGCCAUCCACACCUUCAAUUGCGGCUCCUCCCAGUACUGCCGCCCCAUCUCCACCCAGAGCAUCACCAGCACGGACUCCGGAGACAGCGAAGAGAACUACGUCCCCAUGCAAAAUCCAGUGUCUGCAUCUCCCAUUCCCAGUGGCACCAACAGUCCCGCCCCGAAGAAGAGCACGGGCAGCGUCGAUUAUCUGGCCCUGGACUUCCAGCCGAGCUCCCCCAGCCCCCACCGCAAGCCAUCCACGUCAUCUGUCACUUCCGAUGAGAAGGUGGACUACGUUCAAGUGGACAAGGAGAAAACCCAGGCCCUGCAGAACACCAUGCAGGAGUGGACAGAUGUGCGGCAGUCCUCGGAGCCUUCCAAGGGUGCUAAGCUGUGACGCAGGGGCCACCACGCCUGGGGAGGUGCCCGGAGGCAGCAUCUCCAGAGCUGGCUCCUCCCCUCGGUCCCCCCCACCACACACACAUUUUCUCCUCUUCCAGUGCCCCCUCCUGCCACUCUGGCCUUCAAAGCACUUGAUGUCAGGGACCCUGAACCCUUCUGAGAGGUAAGGGCCUGAUGGAGGCCCACCCUCUGCCCACUCGGGGCCCAGCUUUGAUUUGUAUCAGUAACGGCCAUGCCUCUAUCCAUCUUAGUUAGAGCUGUUGCCAAAAAGCAUCCUUCAGCCUCUUCCUGUCCUUCAGACCCGAAUAUCUACUAGGCUUUGGGAGGGGCUGGGGCUCUGAGCCAGAUUCCACACCUCACUUCCGGCCAUAGCCCUCAAGCCCUCUUCCCUCCAGCUCCUGGGCUACCUCUCCUUCAGUCCCAGAAGAUGCCACGUUGUCUCACUGAUCCAGGGAGCCCAGGACCAGCAGACCAAAGUGGACAGGGACUUCUUCAUCCUUGUGUUUCUUGGUAGAGGAGAGGCAUGGCCCCCCAGAAGAUGGAGUUGAGAAGGAAGGUUAGCAGUGGUCUUGAGGGACACAGGAAGGAGGUCCCCGAUGCAGAAGGCAGGUGAUCUGGGCAGUGGCCCCGCCACUGUGUAGUCGUGGUGGGUUCGGAGAGGCAGGAGGAGGAAGGAGGACGCAAGGGAGGGAAAACAGAGGAGGAUGGGCAACCACAAACCAGGAGCAGGGGGUGACCAGGAUCCCAUGGGGUCAGGGCCCCUAGAACCGUGGAGCGUACAGGCCCUCCUCCGGGGGCGCACCCCGCCAGAGGGGACGGUGCUGGGUGCUGCAGGGUGCCGGCGGAGGCUGGUGCUGAGGGAAGGCAGUGCAGGGUGGGGAGGGAGCGUGGGGCGGACGGGAGGUGCUGUAGCGGGGAGAGUGCAGCAAGUGUGUCUCUGCAUGACAGGUGGUGGGGGGCAGGCAGAUAACCGGUGGGCUGAGAGGCCAU